AAGAAGCAAGGAAAAGUUAAGGUUAUGUUAAAAAUAUUCGUUUGAAUUUAAUAAUCUUUUAGUGUUUAUUUGCGUCGUGCCGCUCGGAGAUGAGCUAUUUUGGACUCGAUAAGAUAAACAAACUGAUCCAGACCAUCAAGCAGCAUGGUGGCAUCAGAAUGUCUCUGUACAAACUCUACAGAAUGGAAUCUUUGCGUCCCGGGACUUUAGUUGGCGUCGACAAAGACGGCAACAAGUAUUACGAAAACUUGUCAUACUUUUACGGCAGGAACCGCUGGGUAGAAUACUCUCCUAAAUACGGUACUGAUUACGACGGCAGUCAAGUGCCGGCCGAAUGGUUCGGGUGGUUGCAUUAUAAAACCGAUUUCACCCCCGACAAGGACCCCCACAGACCAAAAUAUAAGUGGAUGGCGGAACACACAGAGAACCCGACCUUUACCUCUGGCGCCUAUAUGCCGUAUUCGACGACGAGGCCCAAAAUCGAGGCGUGGGUGCCGCCUAGCAAAUAAUUUCCAUCCUGGUAUCAGUCAUGUGUAUUAAACUUAGGAAUAAAAUAAUAAAUAACUCUUUUGGGAUCGCUUCCUGCAUAACGUGGUCAAGGAAACAGUAUUUUUAUUCACGCGUGAGCGAAAUAUUGAUAUUCAAAGAUCGUGAUGGU